CAUCGCUUGACAAGAGACUUGACAAUUACUUUGAAGCUACAAGGUGGGUUCCUUCUGGUUGCGGAGACUCAACCCCGGAUUUUCCUAGAGUGGAAUGCCACGAGGUUGAUCAGACUUCAUUCAACUGUACAACAGAUGCCUGGAUGGCAGCUCUCCAUGAUCAAUCGAUAUACUCCGCAUUCAAUACCAUCUCACGCGUUAGAACAAGCGACAGAUUCGCGCAGUGGCUGAUAAUGAUCGCGCCAGAUAGCAUCAGCCCGUCUCCGCAGCCAGCGAAGAUAAGCAGCACUGAGUUUAAUCCCUCCCCAAACUCUUGUGCCUCUCAUUCGUAUAGCGGAGGCGCAAACCAGGGAGAUAAGGCGCCCAUCCCCACAAAACGCUCUCCCCGAUUCCAUUCAGACCAAUUGCCACCUUGGUCGGAGCGCCAUGCACGCGAUUUCUGGUUUAAACCUUGAAAUAAGAUUAUCUUCGGUGAAAAAAUGACACUGAUAAGCGCGCUCAAAAUUACCGCUCUGGAGAUGCCAUUGCCUCCGUCCCCUCG